AUGCGGGUAAUGUCACUCUCGGCUGCCCAACAAUCUCUGUACUCAUCCCCUCUGGGGUUUAAUUCCCAAGGAUCCGGCUUUCCUCCGCCAAGAAGGCGGAUCUACCUAGUUCACAAGCAAACAGCAUCUCAUCCUUCCUACCCCCACCAGGCCCACCAAAGAAAAGUUCCUUCCACCAGGGCCACAGAGAGGUUGAUUUUGAGGAGCUGGAGCAAAAAACAAAAAAACAAAACAGAGAGAGGAGGAAGAGAUCGCGGCGCACUUUGUGCCCCUCCAGCCCAGCGCCCAGGGCAGCGCGCGUCCUUACCCGCUCGUCCGGAGACGCGGUCCGGCUACUGGCGCACGGGGCAAGGGCAGCCGGGACGCGGCGUCGGGGCGGGCCGCGGGCAGCCGCCGCGGGCGCCGAGAGCCACCACCUCCUCUCCCCCAAGCGGCUGCGGGCGUGGGCCGAAGAAGCUGGAGAAGGAGCCUGGGGAGGGGGGGAAGAGAAGCAGCAUCUCCUCCUCCUCCACGCCUCCGAAACACCGCUCCGGCGGCGACCCCGGCCGACCGCCAGACUCUGGAGCGCUCGCGCACCCUAGGCUGCCCCGCGCGCCUCCAAGGGCUUCCCCAAACCCUCCGGAGCGGGGCUGCUUAACCCCGGCCGCCGGCUCCGAGCGCUGCCGAGAUACGCCUGAGGCAAACAGGGAAGCCGGGGAGCGCUGCUCGCCCGCCACGACUGUCUCUCGGGGCGGUAAUCCCGGUGUGUCACCCCGGCCGCGCGGCGGCUGCGGGAGCUCCCGGCUCUACUCGGGCUCCACCUCUAGCGCUCGCCCGGUUCCGCCCCAGUCCCUGUCAAUCAACCCUCCUUGGACUCCUGGAGCCCCGCGGAUCUCCGAUCCCGCCGUCCCCUCGACCUCAUUGGCCCGAUGGCCCCUCAGCCCCGCCCCCUCCCUAGAGACGAGGUCGCCGAGGAGACCGGCGCCCAGGUUCCUAUGA